UUUCCGGGUGUGGACUUGAUUCCCCAGGUCUGACUGCAGUGUUGACUGACAAGUGCGGAGCAGUGCACUCGCUUGGCUCUUUGACGUAGAUUUCCUCUGUUUGGGGUUCGGUGGUUCCACGGAACAUUUCCCCCGGAGGUGAACGUUACACGGUCCACGAUGUCUGUGGCUGGGCUGAAGAAACAGUUCCACAAAGCCAGUCAGCAAUGCCAUUUUGGAGCUUUUGGAUGAGCUAAAGGCUGAUUUGGAGCCACCCACAAGAAGCAAUCACACAAUACCAUUGGCUGCAUGUUGGGCAACAACCCAUUGCUUCAGGAUUGCAAGCAUGCAUCAAUGUAAUUCAAAGUCAUUCCUCAUGAGCUGUUGAGGUUGCGCUUGUCUCCAGUGCAUUCUUCUCCUCCAGUGCGCUCUCCUCCCUCUCCAUUCCCCGACUGCUCCGUUGUGGGACUGCUUGUAUUGAGAGACCUCACCACUGCCUAUACCCCAUCUUCGAUCCCUCUUGCAAGGGCCAGAUACACUGGUGACAGCUGCCUGGUGUGAGCUACAAUGGCCCGAGUGUCACGCCUGAGCGCUCCUGCCACGGAGGAAACAGCUCUCACCUCCUGUGCAAUGGAUGGCAAUCCAUAUUGCUGCAGACUAGGCUACUAAGUGAGAAGAUCAGUGGGGCAGAGGGGACUAAACUGGAUGAUGACUUCAUUGAGAUGGAAAGGAAAAUUGAGGUGACCAACAAGUCAGUGUUUGACAUCUUGUCCAAAACAACAGAGUACCUCCAGCCUAACCCAGCUUCUCGAGCCAAACUCAACAUGCUGACAACAGUGUCUAAGAUCCGAGGGCAGGUGAAGACCACCGGCUACCCUCAGACUGAAGGCCUGCUGGGAGACUGCAUGCUGCGCUAUGGUCAUGAACUGGGAGAGGACUCCGUCUUUGGCUGUGCGCUGCUGGACAUAGGUGAGGCCAUGAGACAGAUGGCAGAUGUGAAGGACUCCCUGGACAUAAACGUCAAACAAAACUUUAUUGACCCCUUGCAGAAUCUACAGGACAAGGACCUCAAAGAGAUCACGCACCACCUGAAGAAGCUGGAGGGCCGCCGGUUAGACUUUGACUAUAAGAAGAAGCGUCGGGGGAAAAUCCCUGAUGAGGAGGUCCGCCAGGCUAUGGAGAAGUUUGAUGAGAGCAAAGAGCUGGCUGAGAGGAGCAUGUUCAACUUCCUGGAGAAUGAUGUGGAGCAGGUGAGCCAGCUGUCAGCACUGAUCGAGUCGGCCUUAGCGUACCACCGGAAGUCAUGUGAAAUCCUGGAGGAGCUGAGUGGAAAGCUGCAGAAGCGGAUAUCAACAGCCAACUGCCGUCCCAAGAGAGAAUUCAAGCCAAAUGCGAUAAGGAGCAACACAAACACUCUGGACAACAGUCAGCACAACGGCCUGGCAUACAGCUCCUCACUUAAAUCCACCGAUAUCCAGAUCAACCAAACAGUUAAUGGGAAAAGUAGGUGUACUUUUAGACAGUGUUCAGUUGAUCAUAUAACCACUGUAGUACUGUCAUGGCCUGAGAGCCCCACUACCAAUGGCAACCUGCAGCAGUCGGAGGUGCUUGACCAGCCGUGCUGUCGCGCCCUCUACGACUUCAAGCCAGAGAAUGAGGGCGAGCUUGGCUUCAAAGAGGGUGACAUCAUCAUCCUCACCAACCAGAUAGAUGAGAACUGGUAUGAGGGCAUGAUCUGUGGCGAAUCUGGCUUCUUUCCCAUCAACUACGUAGAGGUCAUCGUCUCCCUCCCUCAGUGACUCACCCCCGAGUCCUUUACCGACUCUGUCUUGCCUCAUCAUGUUCAGCCUCCGUCCUCAGCUCAACUCUGACCAGAAAAUGUACAAAGCUGGAUCAACCUGAAGCUGAAGGGAAUAUUUGGUCUGCUGAUUUUCAUUCGGAGCGGGAGAGCUAGUAGGUCUGUCCCAAGCCAACGUAAGAUCAGAUGACGUUAAAUAUUUUAGUUUUUAACAUUCACGAAACUGAAACCAAGUGAAAUUCAAGCCAUUAAGUGCGACACUCUGCCUGGUGGGAUCCGUUGUAUCCUUCAGGUCGGACCAAGGUCAAGAUGUCAAGCUGUUGUCAGACCCUGUCGUCCCUCCCAUGAUUCCCUCAGGUGAGAGAAGUUUAUCGCACUAGGCUGUCUGCCUGCCUUUGCUUGACGUGCACCAGUGGAAAAUAUGACUAUCGUUUAACCACUACAUGAAAGGCUUUAUUUACUUUUGUGUUAUAGUCACAUUAGGAACAUCAUAUACAUUCCAGGAUUUUAAUCCCAUUUUAGUUAUCCAAUUUUAAAAGGUUGGUGUUUGCAUUACAAAUCCACUCAUAGUGACAGUGUGAAGUGUCGUGGACACACACAGCUUACAGCCUACAGUACAGAUUUAGCCCAAUGAAUGAAGCGGUUAGACAGAUCAAAUCAGUUUGAUCAUCACAAUUACCCAGAUUGUUGUAUUUGUCUACAUCUUGAUAUAUUUUAGUUUCUGAGAUUUAUGCCAUCUUCCAUAUACAAUGAAGAACGUGAAUAUCACAAAUAAAAGAUAUUAAGCAGAUAUGAUUUGUUUUAAUGUGGGUGAACAAGGCCCUUUAAAAAGGGGAUGUGAGUCGAAGGCUGCCCUGUAUGUAAAAAAAGAGUGAAAAACAAUAGAUACAAAUAAAUAUAUACAUUGCAACCCAGUGCCCAUUGAGACACCAGUAUGGCUGCCAGAGUCCCACAUUUCCCUGAAGUUGUUUUGCAUUUUGAGAAGCAUUUUAUGUUCAGUAUUAUGUUCCAUACACAAGACUACUUUAACUGUUCAGGAUGCUUUGUGAGCACUUGGCAGACACAUGGCUGAGUUACCUAUUCUAGCUAGUUGGUGAGAUCAGGAAUGCGUUGACACUGCUUUAAAUCAGUCUACUGUGAGAGCAGGACCGAUGAUCAAACAGGUUUUAAAUAUCCAAUCGAUAUUUUUAUAUCAACAAUUGGUCAAACGACAACUCAUGACCCCACAGAGAAUUAUCACCAUCACUUGCAGCUCCCUUCAGCUCGAUAAGUUGAGUUUUCUUCUCAAGUAGCCAAAUAAAAUUGGUUCAAUGCUGUGUUAAACAAAUAUAUAACCAAAUAGGAUAACCAAACAUUCUAGGAAGAAAAAAAUGAAGGAUUCGGGUAGAAUAAUCAUCCACACUCUCAGUUGUAAACUUUGACUUGCAGUUUUGGAGCAUGACAUUUUACCUCCAAAUAAUCAGCAUCUUGUUUUACGGCCCGUCUCAGCGUCUGAUAGCUAAUUCUUGACCUCGGACUUAGUGGCAGCGGUGUUUCCAUGCUCCCCGAUCUGAGUAGCUACAAAGUUACAUGUAAGUUUAAAUGAGAGAAAAGAUCAACAAUCAUGAAUAUAGCAUCCAAAUAGUUCUGAACCAAAAUUAUCCUGUAAAAUGUGGAUUUAAAACUUAUGGAUGUGUGCUGUCUUUAGCUGGCUCUAUAUGUACACUCAAAACUCCAUUGCUAUUUAUUUAAGAUUUUUUUUUAUAGUUUUGUGAACAUUUGCACCAAUCACCUCACACUCCAGCAGGAUGGUGUAUAUUAGUUCUCCUCUAUUGUUGUAACUCUUUACCUUACUGUUCACGUCUUCUGUCUUUAUCUGACUGUCUGUUCGCCAUCUGUGCUCUUAUUUCUCUCUCUCUCUCUCUCUCUCUCUCUCUCUCUCUCUCUCUCUCUCUCUCUACAAAAGAUAUAUGUACAUGCACCUUUUUGUUGUUUGUUUGAAGUUUUUACACUUAUUCAGCAUUGCACUCUGUGUUGAUCUCGAUGUGGUUAAAAUCACUCUCAGAUAUAUAAGUGAUGUCCAAAUGGAAGAUACUUAGAUUUCUAUAAUAACAGUUUUUUUUUGUAUUCUAUAAUAAAUCUACCAUUUCAAUCAUUGUAAUGUAGAAAAACUCUUAAAUCUGACAUAUACAAAUUGUGGAAGUAGAUGAGCCAGUUACCUUGUGAGACUCAGUCCAGCUCUUGUUAGCCAGUGAUAAGCAGUAGAUAAGUAAAGGCCUACAGUAACUGCGUGGCCAUGCUGAUAAAGCUGUUAAUUUAGGAAGUCCCAUCGUGGCAUACAUUGGUAAAACACUUGAUAACCAGCAGUCAUCUCUCCUUUAAUAGAUGUGGUGAGUUAAAUGCUAUCAGACAUGAAGGUGCAAGAGCUUAAUUAACGUCAGCUCUCAAAGGAGGAAAGGAAGCUUUUAUUUACCUCUGCUGCAGAAAAUGACAGCUCUUUAUCUAUGGUAUCCUGUUUCAUAUGUUUCUUUUUUUUCAAUCAUAUUUUAGGAAGAACAUUUCUUGUUUUGUUAUAUGUUCCUGUAUUCAAAGUUUACAAUGUUUAUCUGUAGGAUAAUCUGUAGCAAUAACUCUAUUAGUGAUAUAUCAAAGUGAAGUCUGCUGCUAGCUUCUCUCAGCAGGUUUACAUUAAAAACUGUCCAGCUGCUCAAAGUUCAUAGUUUAUUUUCUCCUAUACUAAGUUUAACAACUGCCAUUAGAAAGGACUUUGUACAAUUUAUUUUCAAAAAUGUGCGACUCCCUUGUAUUUGUGCAAAAACUGCAUUACUAUCACAGUCCUUAAAAAUCACUCUGUUCAGAAUUCUAUAAUUUACAGCUUAUAUCAGUUUGUUUAGAUUUUGGCUCAUUUAUUGAUCAAUUUAUCAUUUUGACUCUGACCAACAAUCGACAGCAGCAAAGGCUCAUGGGUGUUGUAGUAUUUGGAGCCACCCAGAACAUGCCACAGAGCACCAGCACAAAACAACAUGAGAGAGUCUUGCCUAAGUUAUAACCAUUGUAUUAUCUCAGAGAGUCGUGUGUAGAGAGCACUGUCGACUCCCUGCUUUGAAACAUUCAAUGUUUUGAGCAGCAAAGACAGUCCAUUCUCAAAACUAGCAAAGCAGAGGGGAAUGGGAUUAAUGAGUACCGGUAAAUGAAAAGUAUUUCUGUUAAAAAAACAACUUUUCAGCUGAGUAGUGGGUGUGACAUUACUCUUUUGUGUUACUGGUGUAUUUAUUGCUUCAUCUCAGCACAGGUAUUUUGACCACACUUUAACUUUUAGCUUCUUUUACUAGUGAGCAGCCUUUAUUUAUUCAACUCUUAUUUGAAUACCAGCUUCGAUUUGAGAUUGAAUAGUACUCAGAAUAUUAUUAUGACAGAGCCCUUCUUUUCCCUCCAGACUUGUGUGCCUCUCCAUAGUUUUGAUUUACUUACUUUACAUACUUACUAUGUGAAAAGACACAACUUCAGACCUAAACUCAGGUUUGGGUGUUUGUCCCAGUAUGCACUCGAUGGACUACAUUCUUAUUCUAUGUGAUAUAAUUUCAUCUUCUAUUGUAAAUGGAAAAAUGUUAGUUUAUAUUUAAUGGAAAGAAAAUAAAUAAGAUGUAUUGGAUACUUACUGUUGGCUUGCAAUUGCUAAAAUGUUCAACGUGUUGCAUGAUAAUUACUUCUUUACUUUCUAAAGAUUGUUAUCAUGGAUUGUGGAUACUGGGCAGCUCCUAGCACAAGGUGCUGUCUGCAUCACAGUCACAGUACUUCACAGAAAAGAAAGGUCAUCAGAUUAUUUAAUCCUGCAUCCAGUCUCUAGAAUAUAACAGGGGAAAACUUGUUUGAAGAGAUUUUUUCUAUAAAUGUAGCUUCUAUAGAACAACUGGUAGAAUCCAUAUGAGCUUCAUUUCCAAAGUGUUUGACUUUUUUAGAAUUGAGACUGGAAGCAAGAUUACACUGUUUUAAAGUAUUAUUUGUUUUACAGUUUCUCUAUGAAUUACUUGUUUAUACCCUAAAACAAGAACACUGUACCUCUGAUAGCCUUUCCACAAGAGUCUCAUUUUACAACCAACUUGUAGGUGAAGGAAAAUGGCUGCGCAGUUCUGCUUUAUAUUUUUUUUCAGUAGCAUAAUUAAUGCAAAUAGUGUUUUAUAGAUGUUGUAAAUUAAUAUAUUAAUAUGUAUAUUGAGUAAAUAAAUGACAAGCAAGUA